UUCUUACAAAGCAAUAACUUCCGAAGUAAAGAGAAAGGUUAUACUACGCUUAACAAAAAUAAACAUCUAUAGAAAUGGGUUUUGAGAUUCAAAUGCCAUGCAUUGAUUUCACUAAGCACCCCAAAGAUCUAGUAGAGGGAAGUGAAGGUUGGAAGAAUUUAUGUAAACUAGUUAUAGAAGCUGGAGAAGUUUAUGGUGGUUUUCAAGUGGUUUAUGAUAAGAUUCCCGUGGAAUUACACGAAAAGAUGUUCCAAGGAUCGAAGAGUUUGUUUGAUCUACCACUGGAGACUAAACAAAAGAGCUCCGACGACUCAAAAUCUCACAAUGGAUAUGCAGGAAAGUUCAAAUUCGCUCCUUUGUACGAAAGUUUAACACUACCCAAUCCACACAAACUUGAGGAGGUCCAAGCUUUCACUGACACUAUGUGGCCCGAAGGAAACCAAUCUUUUUGUGAAACUGUCAACAACACCAGCAAAAUGAUGACAGAACUAGAGAAAAUUAUUCGCAAAAUGAUCCUUCAGAGCUAUGGAGCUGAUACAAACUGUGAUUCGCUUGUCAAAGAUAGCUGGAACAUCUUCCGUUUCACACAAUACAAAGCUCCAACUGGCAAGGAAAUGGAAGUUGGGUUACCUGCCCAUGUUGAUAAAAACCUCCUAACAAUAUUGUAUCAAAACGAAGAAGGCCUUCAAAUCGAAACUAAGGAAGGGGAAUGGCUACCAGCCGUGGUGAAGGAUUGCACAUUCACCGUUUUUGUCGGCGAAGCAUUCAAGACUUGGAGCAAUGGUAAGCUACAUGCAGUGGAGCACCAGGUGAUGAUGAAAGGACCACAGAAAGAUAGAUAUUCUUAUGGAUUGUUUUCUAUCCCAAAUGAAAGUCCAAAGGAGCGGGAUGAAGAUGACCUUCCUCUUCUCUUUUGUCGUUUAGAUCACCACGACUACGACCUUUUCACUUACACCAGUAAUACAUCUGCAUGAUGCUGCAAGAGCGGCAAGAUGUGUAUGCCCUCUGUCUGUUACCAUCAGGGCCUUUACACUAUUAUCCUAUCUAUAUUAUCUAUGUACUUUAGCUAGAUUAGAUCUGUUCAUCAUAUGCUUACCUAUGUAUUAAGCUAUAAAUAAAGUAAUUACGAUGGGCAUGAGUUAGCGACA